GUGUUCUAAUUAAUGCGCACAAGAUGUCCUAUUUUGAGCAGCAAUAUGGAACUGCAAGUCCAAUGAGCGUAGGACCAGGUCCCAAUAGACUAGCAUUCACUAGAAGAGGAGGAGGAGGAGUAGAGUCUCCAUCAAUGCAGGCUGAUACUGGGUACCUGCCCUGUUACCUCUUGGGAUCAAACAGUUCUAGUAAUGUUAAAAUGGCUCAGUUAUCUGGUAGUGGUAGAAGAGAUGGAGUGGGAGGGGCCACGAGAGGAAUGGGCGUGGCUAAAGCUAAUCAAAUUAGAAUUGAACCUUCACCAAUCAACAGAACAAAACAACCAAUGAUUAACGGAGACAGGGCUGUUCAUGACAUGAGGCCAUUAUGUGGCCCACCAGUUGACAGUAUUCACAAUAACACCCCAAACACCUUCACUGCUGGUGCUAGUACUAACAGUCAUAGUCACACUUACCAAUAUACAUCAUCACCUGAAAGAAAACAGUUAACAUUCAGUGGUAUCAAACACAUGCAGCAAGCCACGCCCAUUUCUCCUUUCACUGGCAUCACAAACGGAACCUCAUCAGCCACUAGCACUGGUAGCAAGCUAACGUCAUCUCCGAAUCAAAUAGAUCCAUUUUAUAGUCAAGGGGACAGUGAAUACAACACUAGUGAUCAGUGGGUUACUGUGUUUGGGUUUCCUCCAUCAGCUGGUUCGUUCAUACUGGAGCAGUUCUCACAGUAUGGGACUAUACUAAAACAUGAAAUGAGGGAUGGCAAUUGGAUUCACUUACAAUACCAGACUAGUCUUCAAGCUAAAAAAGCUUUAAGUAAGAAUGGUAAAAUAUAUGGAGAUGGGAUUAUGAUUGGAGUACAACAAUGCAUUGAUAAAUCCAUAUUGGGUAAAUGUGCUAAUACUCCAGACACUGGUUCCCUAAAGAAAACAAUGAGACCACUAACAGCUGCUUAUCAAGCAUCCAGUUCAAAUAAUAGCGUUGUGCCUUCAAAUCCUAAUACUCCACAGAAAAGCACUGGUUUUCUAUCAAAAGCUAUGGAAUACGUUUUUGGAUGGUAGAACUCUGUGACACAUUGGUUUUAUUUUUAUCGUUCUGUUAUUUAAAAA